UAGAGGGCUUGUACAGCAGCGAUGCCAGCCCAGCCUGCUCCCAGAGAACCGGAGGAGGAGAUGGAAACGGAGGCAGAUUCUGAAAUGCCUCAUGCUAAUGGAGAGGUGGAGGAAGAGAGGGAAAGGCAGGGGGGAGAGGCAGAAGAGACGAUGGAGGAGAGCGGAGAGGAGCGAGACAGUGACCUGGAGGAGAGUGAAGCAGAAGAAGAUGAAGAGGAAGACGAGGAGAGUUCAGAGAUGGAUGAUGAAGAUUGUGAGAGGAGGAGGAUGGAGUGUUUGGAUGAGAUGUCUGACCUGGAAAAGCAGUUUCUGGAACUUAAAGACAAACUGUUUCGAGAAAGGCUGGACCAGGUGAAAGUGAAGCUGGACGAGGUGCUGACAGGAAAAGCAGGAGAGUACCGAGAGCCGCUGGCCACCCUUCAACACAACAUGCAGCUACGCACACAAGUAGCAGGUGUGUACAGAGAAUUGUGUCUUCAGGUGAUCAGACACAAAUACGAGUGUGAGAUACAGGGAGCAAAACAACAUCUGGAGAGUGAGAGAACCCUGUUGUUUGAUGCCAUGAAGACAGAACUGUUGGAGAAGAUCCGCAGACUAGAGGAGGACAAACAGAGUGUAGACAUCACCUCAGAGUGGUGGAGUGAUGAAGUGAGGAUGAAGAAGUGUAAGAGAAGAAGUCACCUUACCCGUCAAGAGAGAAAAAAAAAGCCUGCGCUCGUAUCAGGUCCUUACAUAGUGUACAUGCUGAGGGACAUUGAUAUACUGGAGGACUGGACGGCCAUCAAGAAGGCUAAAGCUGCACUCAUGCCCUUGAAGAAGAAGUCAGAAAGUCGUCAGUUGUCAGUGCGGUGUGAAGGAGGCACGCUGUUCUAUGAGGGAGAGCGAUUCUCUAAGGGGAACAGCGUUCUACUGGAAGUCUCUGAUGACAGCCCGGCACAGGCAGUAAUAACAGCCAUCAGUGCAGGCGAAGUCUGGUUCAAAAGAACAGAUGGUAGCAAAACCAAAAUCUACGUCUCCCAGCUUCAGAAAGGCAAAUACACCAUACGGAGAGCCUAGAACGCUCUCACACACUCACAACACAUUCGGAAAGUGUGCAGAGUUACCUGCCAUGCUCCGCAGGUGUGUAAAUGUGUUGUUAAUACAACUAUAUCAUCCAAACAUCCUGUCAGCUACUUACACAGCAAUACACUGUUAUUCACUGUUAUUUAAUUCCUAAUGGACUUAAAGCAAGCCAGUCAGCAGAGUUAGUGCCUAAUGCAUAAACACAAUAUGUCGCUUUGAUAGACUGGACUGAAUGGCUCACUAGCACGCUUUGCAGAGGCGUUCAAAUGAGCAGACAGCGUAACAGCAGCUUCUGUUCUUCAGGACACACAGCGUAUGGCACAACAACAGAAACUGCUGAAUCACAGAAUCCCACUACAAACAAACACACACACAAUUCAGAAACCGUAAACUGUAGACCAAACAGAGUUUUGUGAUCAUAGAAAUGCUCACAGACCAUAAUUUUAGCUUUCACUCCUAUUACGAUGCUUAAAAAAGAAUGGGUUCCCUAAAAUGAAAACCUAGAGUACACUUCCUGUAAACUUUACCACACGUGACAUACACUGUAUCCAUAAUGUAGUUUUAAAGGUUUUCAUUGAAAGUACACUAAAGAAUUAGCAUUGGCUUCAAUGACUGCAUUCACACACAACAAUUAUUGCUUUAUAAUGCAGACUCUUGGUGUAAGUUGCCCCUUUUCUGUAAUAUGAGGUCAGUUUUGCAGUGUCUCUCUGAACAGUUUAGGAUAAUUAGGAAUAAGCAGAGGUAGUCUUCAAUUGAGCAGCUUCUACUGGCGGCACGAAACAACCCACGUGCCUCUUUAAUAACGAUUGCACUUCAGAAGAAGGAGAAUAUUUGUUAUGAAUCUGAUUUUGUUGAGCUUAUUUUAAUAAGAGUUAUUAAGUGCAAAGAGUAUUUAUACACGUUUGUACACUGAUUUGGAAUCAGAGGGUGCUUUUACAACUUAUUUAAAAAGGUGUUUAAUAUAAUCAUGUAUUUAUAACAACAAAAAUUUAUUAAAAUCUGUUCUUUUAUUAAAA